GUCCGACAGUAAAUGCCCUCCAUCCUUAACCUCAAGUUCAAAGGGAACAAGUCCUUCGUUCCUUUUAGCAACUUGGGCGAUACCGACUCAUUGACUAAGACAUGGAAGGUCUGCACGAAGGUCGCCAGUUUCCUCGAGCAGGGUCAGCGUCUCGAGAAUUUGAGCUGGCGGUUGUGGCAUCUCCAGAACCUCAUAGUCGACAGCGACAAUGCAAAGUCGAAGCGAGAGUUCCGUAAGCUGUCGAAGUGCAUGAGUGACAAGUUAGAUAAGGAGAAAGGACGGAGCAUUGAAGAGCUUCAGGCCCCUGGGUUCCGCCGCAACCACUCGACAGACAUCAUCCAGCAGCGCGCUCUCGAACGCGAGCGUGAAAGGGAGGCGAACCAGAACCGCAACGGCACGCUCCACCGUAUGCAGUUCACCUUCAGCGUCGACCAGCCUACUGCCCCUGCGACCUCGAUGCCGUGCCAGAAGCCCGACCUCAAGCCUUCUGCCGAGUUCAGGGACAACAAGCGAGGACGCCCAACUACUCGUGCAUUCAACGUCGACAAUGACAAUAGUACGAAGGACCAGCCGCUCACUCAGCGCGGCCGCAAGCACUCAUCUGCUGGGGUCGACAGCAACGCCAGCGACGCCAUCACGACUAAAGACUCUGCAUCCCUCCAAUUUCCUUCUCUCUUUUCCUCCGAUUUUGGUCCAUCUGCUCUACUGUAUCCAUCACCCACUCUCACGAACGUCAUGACCUACGGCGAAGGCCUUAACACCAACAGCAGCUCAGACGGAUUUUCUAUUCCCCGUCCGACCAUCGAACUCCCGCUCGACGAGAUCCUCAACGCCGACAGCCCUGGCGGCUGGUCAGUAGUGUUCAACGGUUCCGAGGCUCGCCAAAGCAGCGAGUCAACCUUUACUUCUCAGGAAGAAGAUAUGAAGCCUGCAACAAACGAUGCGGAAACCACCGCCUCUGCUCCCACAUAUGACGACCAUCCGCAUGAGGACGAGUCGAUGGUCUCGUCCGCGAGCGCGCUACGCGCCGUGCCGCACAUCGUCGAGGAUCUCGUGCCCCGGACGAUCACGCCGUCCCGCCUCGGCCCGAACCCUGUGCCCAGUGCGACCCCAGUCAACGGUAAGCGGCCGUCGCUCAGCCUGCGCACUGCGAACAGUUCGCGUUCGUCGGGUCCUGGUGCGACACCUGUCAACUCGACUACGAACACCACCAGCUCUGCCCCUGGUGGUGUCAAGGCAGAGUGCUCUAACUGCGGCGCUACCCACACUCCGCUGUGGCGUCGCGGUCUCAACGAUGAGCUCAACUGUAACGCUUGCGGACUCUACUGUAAGCUACACAAACGCCCCCGUCCCAAGAGCAUGCGCAACAACCACGGCGAGGGUCGUUCACAGACUGCUCCUCGUCAGGAGUCGCAGGAGGUUGUCGCGCAGUGCUACAACUGUCACACCACCGCGACGCCGCUCUGGCGCAAGGACGACGAGGGCAAGACCGUUUGCAAUGCAUGCGGUCUCUACUACAAGCUUCAUGGCUCGGCUCGUCCGAUCUCCAUGAAGUCUGAUGUCAUUCGCAAGCGGGCACGCCACGAUGCUCGCCGUGCUAGUGGCAACACCUCCGAGACUCCGUCCGCCAGUCCUGGGGCCAGCCGCCGCGCCUCUCCCGAGGGCAACAUGCCAACCCUCGCUCCCGACUCGACGACUCAGUCCAGUUACAGCAGCGAGGAUCAAAAUGAGUAUCUCCCGCCGACUCAAACAGAGAUCAUGAACGCGUUCGCGAAUCUGGCUGCGCAGAAUCAGCAUAACGGUCAAGUCAACGGUAGCGGCGCGAACGGCGGCGACCACGGCAGCAACGGCUACUCGCAAAUGCCAACUUACUCGCUAUCGUACCCUGGUCCUUACCACCCUGACCAACUGGCGCAGAUGUACAACAUGUCGGCCGAGCUCCAGUACCCUGACGCCUCUGACUAUGACGUCGCUGAGCAAACACGGUCCACGAAGCGUCGCCGGAUGAGCAACGAUUCUGAACCGCCGUCGUCUGCCACGACUUACAGCUCGUACAGCACUGACUCGUAUUCGUCGGCGUCAUCGACGUCACACUCCUCGCAGCGAUCGUCGUCGCUGGAUUUUAACUUCUUCUCGAGCUACGGUGGCAUGUUCCGGAACGCUACCCACCAACAGCACCACCAGGGAGCAGCGGCGGCCUCGGUGAGCCAGCACGCCAACGGCUGGCACCCGCCGAUGCUUCCCCCGCAUAAUUCGCCGCAGUUUGUCCACCCGCCAAUGCUUCCGCCGGACGAGUCGUCGAUGGACUACCUGCAGACGCUGCAGCACGAUGACACCGAGUCGCUCUUCAACGCAUACUUGCACCCGCCGAUGCUGCCGCCGGGCCCGGAGGACUCGCCGAAGAACGCGCUCGGCUCGCUUCUACCUCACCCGCCGAUGCUCUCGCACGAGUGGAGCACUGCCUACGACCUUCACGACACCGCGAUGCAGGCCUACUAGACAUCGAUGUCUCGACUCGAUGUUCUCACGGUUUCACUCCCCUCGCUCGGACUCUUCUGGUCUCGGACGAUCGUCAUCUAGCUUUCGCACAGUAUUCUGGGUGUUUGUCGUAGCAAUAGUUUUCGUCGCGGCUCCUGCUUAGACCGUCACACUGCAUAGCAUCUCAAUUCCGUCUUUCAUCGUCGCAGCAAUCAUCAGCAUUUUCUUCUCUUCUCCCUAUUCCCUCUCAUCUCGCACCACGUUAUCUUCCGCCCACAUAUAUCCAUAGGUGUUCUCUUGUCCGUCUCUUCUCCCGUCCUUCUUCACACACACCUCU